CCGCCAAAAAUAUUUAGUGUUUAUUUACAAAAGUAGCACGCGAAAUAAAUCGAAUGGACGUGGAAUUAAAGCAGCAAUUCGAUGAGAUGGGCGUGGAGCCGGCCGAUUCGGUGCUAGAGAGGUGUGUGGAGUUGGCCAUAACGUACAAUGUCCACGAUGCCACCGAAUUUGUAGAGCAGUGGAUGGCCUUCAGUUUGUCACACCUCCACGGAGAUGAUCCUGCCUUGGAGAACCUGGGUGAUUUCGAAAGGAAAGUGUUACAGCUGCGGAAGGAUAAAAUAGGAGCUAAGGCAACCGCGCAGAAGGCCAAAUCUUUUGCUCCAUCCUCUAUCCAGGACACAAGCUCACUGGCCACAUAUGGCGUCAUGGAGGACGAUUCAAUGAUUGACGACUAUGUCAGCGAAUCGACGGUGGACUCCUCUGCACUGCACACACCCAAGGCUAAGAAGGAUUCAGGAAGAACCUCAAACCUUAAAGGAGGAGUUCUUUUUAGCCCUGCUAGCUAUACACCACAAUCCGCCAAGAGAAAUCAUGCCGCAGGAACGCCUUCCGCAGCAGCUGGCAAACCGGGCGACACCGUGGACUCCUUUGGACACCCCAAGCUUCUAGCUGGCUCCAGCUGGCAGUCCCAAAUGGAGCACCAGCUACCGGUUGUCCAAAAACUGCUCCACAAGAACGCUCCACUGACUAUCGCCAAUUUGGGCUACAUGAAAGACCUGCUGGGUGAGCGAUGUGAUGAACUGCAUGACCGAGUUGAGGACACCGGACGGGUCCUUGUGGAGAAGAAACUAGGAGCAGAGGCAGCAGCCGAGUGUAGUUGGUAUCCGGAGGAUAAGCAGGCUUUGCAGGCUGCUGGUGGCCUUUAUGCGGUGGGAAUGAUUCAUUCCGAGGAUGAUGGCCCACUGGACGCUCAUUCUGCUUUUUUGUCAGUUAUAGACGACGAUACAGAAGAGGUCGAGGACACAUUUCUCUCGCUUAACUUUUCCAGGAUUAAGUCGGCCAGCAUUUUCCCCGGGCAGGUGGUGCUCGCCAAAGGCUUUAUACCCAGGGGAAAGACUUUCGUCGUGGAGGAGAUUCACACGGAACGGAAGCUGACACCACCCACUCCUCUUAAAGUGGACAGAGAGCUGCAGUUUGUGGUGGCCGCCGGCCCUUUUACAGACUGCACUGAUCUGUUUUACGAACCGCUUCAAGAACUGCUCAAAUAUAUCAAGGAGCAUAGGCCAGAUGUAUUAGUGCUUACGGGACCCUUCCUGGAUGCGGAUCACAAGAUGGUCGGUGAUAUGGCAGAGACCUUUGAUUCCUUUUUCGAAAAGAUGAUCGGCGGUAUCAUGGAGGCUGUUGGGAGCCACACCACCGUGCUGGUGGUCAGCAGUCAGAAGGAUGCUAUGUCGCACUCUGUCUACCCAACUCCUCCACCCACUCUGCGAAAAACGUAUCCCAAUCUGCACAUGCUACCCGAUCCCUCGCUGGUGGAUCUGGAUGGAAUCACGCUGGGCGUCACCUCGACCGAUGUGGUAGAUCAUCUGUUGAGUCACGAGUUCGCUGCGAAUGCCGGCGAGCGAAUGCACAGGGUCAUAAACCACUUGUUCCACCAGGGCUCCUUUUAUCCUUUGUAUCCGCCGGCGGACGAGGAGAUGGCAUACGACACCCAACUAGCGCGCAAAUACGCCCAGAUUAAGCAGCUGCCAAAUGUACUCAUUCUGCCCGGCGAUCAGCGACACUUCAUCCGUCUGGUCAGCGAUAGCCUGGUGAUAAAUCCUGGGCGCCUGGUAGAUAAGAAAGGUGGCACUUUCGCCCGGUUCCUGGUUGCACCCUCUGUCCCCGGAAAAACGGCCAACAUGUUCAAUAGUGUGGCGUGUCAAGUCCAACGAAUCUGAAUUCUGCAUACCAAAACCUCACCAGCCUCCAAUUCGCCACUUACCAGACCUGAUAACCCAAUGGAUCAAUUUGUAAUGAUGAUUAAAAUAACGGAAAAUACCUUAGGGCCGAAUAACAGAAAUGCGACUGUUUGCAUACUGAUUAUUAUUCCAUUAUUUUUAAGACAUGUAAUAAAAGCAAAUCCUUUUUUAUUACAA